AUUUAUGGAUGUAGCCAUUGAUUUUACUGAAGAGGAGUGGGAAUGCCUUCAGCCUGUUCAGAAAAAUUUAUAUAGAGAUGUGAUGCUAGAGAACUAUAGAAACUUUGCCUUCCUGGUCAUGACUCCUAAUCAUACCCAAGAAUAUUCACCAGAAAAGGGCCUAAAACAUAUAUUUCAUGAAGUGAUAAGUGCAAAAUAUAAAAUUUGUGAUCUUAACUAUUUACCACAAAAGAAAAUAUUGAAAACUACAAGUGAGAGUGAACACCUGAAAUCAUAUAAAAAUUCAGGCCUUGUUCACCACCAGAAAAUUUAUACUGAAGAGAAGCCCUACAAAUAUAAAGAAUGUUGCAAAGCUUUUAGUGAAAAAAAUGGUCUUAUUUACCACAGAGGGAGCCACAAUGGAGAGAAGCCUUACAAAUGUAAAGAAUGUGGAAAUGCUUUCCGUCAAAAGUCAAACCUUAUUCACCACAGGAGAACUCACACUGGAGAGAACCUUUCCAUGACCCAACUGCACACUACUUCUGAAUCUAAGAAUGCAGAGGCACUUAUCCAGAUGGAUGAGGCAAAAGAUGAUGUGGUGAAGAGAAAUAUGACCAAAAUCUCCCUGGAAAAGACAGAACUGUGGCUUUCCCAGUGUAACAUGUAA